CCGCCAUCCCCCCACGAUGUCGAAGCUGGCCGCGGACGCCGCCGCGUUCAAGCAGUCGCUGCACCGCACGGACUACACGUCCUGGCACUCGCAGCCGCCCCCACUUGCCAGCGCGGCGCCCGCGAAGGGCGGCGCGUCAUCCUCAAAAGGCGGCGCGAAGGCGAAGGCCCCUGCCGCCGAUGCUAAUGCCAAUCCUGGCAGCGCACCUGGCGCGAAGAAGAAGGCGGCGAAAGCGAAGCCGGACCAGCCGUACUCGCAGCCCAAGGACACGGGCUCGGGGCAGAACAUCAACACGCAGCUCAUCUACGCGCUGCAGUAUUUGAAGGAGCACUAUGGCCCGAAUCGGCUGCAGGACAUUGCGAUCUCGACGAGCACGGCGCUGGACACGGAUCAGGUGCUCCUGGAGAAGUUCAGAAAUCAUGAGAAGGUCAAGUGGGACCAGAAGACGGGCCUGUACGAGUACAAGCACGACUUUGCGGUCCGCAAUCGCGAGCAGCUCUUAACUGAGAUCAAGCGGUAUACGAUCAACAAAAGCGCCGGCAUCUCCAUCCGCACACUGAAGGAUGCGUGGAAGGAGGCGCCUACGCACAUCGAAGAGCUCGAGAAGGAGGGCAAGGUCUACGUCCUGCGCACAGCGAAAGACGGUCAGAUGAAGACUGUCUUCUGGAAUGAGAUGAGCGAGGAGAAUGAGCCCGACGACGCCUUUGUGAUCGAAAAAGAAUUCCGCGACAUGUGGGCCGAGCUCAAAGCGCCCGACGAGGUCGACAUGAUCCGCCAGCUCGUCGCCGCCGAGAUGAAACCCGUCUCCUCCGAAGCGCUACCCCCGCCCGUCGCAAAAGGCAAGAAGGGUCAGAAGAAGCCGCGGCAGAGGCAGAGGCAGGCGAAAAUCACGAACACGCAUUUGAAGGGGGAGAUCGACUUGAGUCGGGAUUAUGUGCCGGGGCAAUAAUUGGCGUGUGUGCUGGGCUGGCGAUAGUUGCUGUAGCAGGAGGGAGGAAGUGGAUGGCAGGUGGACGCCAGCGAAGGAGAUGCAAGGGAAGCGCUCUCAACAUCGUCACCGAGCGCGCUCCACGGGGAGGAUGGACUGUAUUGUAAUCCGUUUCGCAUGGACAGGAGAUGCACAUAUGUAUUACUUAUCAUAGACCGCAAUAGUCAGUAUGUUCGUUGCUCUUC